AGGACACUUUACUGAGGAGAAGAAAUCAAACAGAGGAAAUGGCAAAAUCACAUGAGAUGAAGUUAAGACUGAUUUCGGAACAAAAGGUCUUCCGAGUUGUGAAAAGCUACACAGAGGAAUUCAGUGGAAGUGUGGAAAACGGAGAUGUCUUCAUCGUACAACAUGAAAAGGUCCUCAAUGCUGGAGUUUACUGUGCAGAAGACACAAACAUCAUUCAGCUGAAAAAGAUGUUUGGCUUCAGGUCAGAGGUCAGGAAAGUGAAUGUGGACGGAUUCACCAGAGGAAAGAAAUUUGCAGUUUAUAGGAAGAAUGAUGGAAUCACUGAUUCAUUCAAAGAAAGUGUUAAUGAAGCGAUGAGCAGAGGCCCAGAAUACAAUGUGAGCACUUACAACUGCAUCGAGUUCAUCAUGGAUCUUCUUGAAGUUGAUCUGAAGCCGACUUUUCAGGACUGCAAUAAGAUCGGACUCGGCACAAAACCAAGGAGCUUCAGAGUUGUCAAAAAGUUCUCCGAUAAAUUCGGAAAUGCAAAGCUAGGAGACCUGUUUAUUGUAAAAUGUGGGUUCAGUGGUACGGGAUAUUACCAUGCAGGAGUGUGCUGCUGUGAAAGUGGACAGGAGAUCAUUCACUUCACACCUAAUUAUCCAGGAUCAUUUGGGCUCAGCGCAGCAGUGACUUCCUUAUCCACUUCCUGUCGAGGACUUGUGAGCAAAGUGCACAUUAAAAGCUUCUCCUCACACAGCAAGUUUGCAGUUUACAGGAAGAAGACAGGAAUCUCUGCAUCUUUCCAAACAAGAGUUGAUGAAGCGAUGAGCCAAAGCCAAAAAUAUCAACUUUUACGUUACAACUGUAUUCAUUUUGCCCUCGAGCUUUUCUACGGAGGUUUGGAGGAAAGAAAUAUUCUUUUAACUUGUUCACUGAUAUUUUCAUAUUAUUUAUUAAUUUUGUUUACAUUAAUAUUAUAUCUCUCAAACAAUAUAAUAAUAAAUGUACUUUUCUGUUACAGGACAGAGAAAGGAAUGUGGAAGAUUUGA